AUGGCGGAAGGAACCCGUCUUCAAGAGCUCCGGCGAGAGCUCACUUCUCCGGUGGAGGAAGUUGAACAAUGCCAAGAGAACGGACUCAACAAAUCCAUAGAUGAACUCAAAUCCUUGAUUGGAGGACUCGAAUACCGAAGGAACCUCGACAAUCCGAUCAAAGAGAUGUUGGAGACAAAAGAAACACUCAUUUCUCUUAUGGCUCAUCCCACAAACUUGAGUUCUCGAAAUUUGACGGUGAAGAUUUUCGAGGAUGGGUUAUGA